AUGACUCCUUUAUUCCUUUGGGCCCUCGGACUCAAGUUCAUUUACCUCCCAAACUCUCUAGGCGGAAAUCAGCGUGAGCAAGAUCGUCUCAAGGCGCAGAAAAAAGCUGCUGCCAAUGCAAAGAAGCCAAAGGUAGACCUCUUGUUGCACGAAGAAACCCUGCGUAUUGCUUCCAACCAGGGUGCAUCUUUUGAUACCCUUCGGCGACUUACUGCUGCUGUUAUAGACUGUCAACGGUCAAUCUCACAUACCAGAGACCUUCUCGCUUCCGCUGAAAGACAGUUGCGUUACCUACACGACCAGGCUGAUCGCGUUCGCGACCUACAAGAUUGUCUGGCUACUCUGUCUCGCCGCAUUGAUAAUCUGGCUUUUACCACCUCUCUUAGCCCUGCUAUUUUGUCUGGACUUCACGCCCGCCUUGACGAUAUUCUCAGCUCUCCUCUCUUCUCCAGGUCCUCUACCCCAGACAGCUUACCUGACCUUGAACCCUCCGAUUAG